UGGGGAUUAUGGGCCGGUGGCGGAGUCACUGUCGCUCCAGUCUGCCUGAAGAGCGGUAGAGUUUGCUGCCCUGGGGAGGGGCCGCGCCUUGAGAAGAGGAAGAAGAGGAGGAGGAGGAGGAAGAAGAAGAAGAAGAGGAGGAGGAGGUGGAGGAAGAGAAGAUAGCACUCUCUUCUCCGGACUCUGUCCACCCCACAUCCUGACCUUAUAUGGUCCACGAGGCUGUCCGGGUCGAAGGGAUCACUGACUGACUGAGGAGGGUGAAUAGGGAAAGAGACUGAGAGAGGAGACAGUAGAGACAAACUGAAGAGAUAAAAAGUGCAGUUAGAAAGGAGACAGCUUGAAGAAAGACAGACAGAGAAGAGUGACAUAGGGGAGAGGCAAAGAUUAAGACAGGAGAGACCAGAGACCUAGAACAGAGAUAGCACAGAGAGAGAUACCUGGUCGGUUGCUGGAGCAAUCACCACAGUGGAUGCCCUGUUGCGCCCCCGGUUUCCUAGGAAACGGCCUAAGGGGCCUGUCCACAGGGUUCCAGUUACCUGGGCAACCUUCCCAACAGCCCCUGCGUAAAGCUUGUGUGCCCACUCUUCCCUAGCGGGCACCAUGCAGGUGCUCUCGAAGGCCCGGCCUUCCCGCUCGGUCUCCCUGAGGCGCCUGGCCGUGGUGCUGGCCCUGACCGCUUACGGGGUGCACAAGAUUUACCCCCUGGUGCGCCAAUGCCUGACAACGGCGCCCCCGAGGGGGCCUGUGGCCCAGGCCCUGUCCUUGGCCGAGUCGGAGUCCCGCGGCACCUCGGCCUCUUCAGCAGCUGGGAUGGCGGGUGGUAGCGCCAGUGCCAACCGCGUGUUCUUGCGCCGGCUGCUCUGGCUGCUGCGCCUCCUCUUCCCCAACGUCCUGUGCCAGGAGACGGCCCUGCUGGGCCUGCACACGGCAGCGCUGGUCAGCCGUACCUUCCUGUCAGUUUACGUGGCCCGCCUCGACGGGCGCCUGGCCCGCUGCAUUGUCCGCAAGCAACCGCGGGCCUUCAGCUGGCAGCUGCUUCAGUGGCUGCUCAUCGCGCUGCCUGCCACCUUCGUGAACAGCGCCAUCCGUUACCUGGAGGGCCGCCUGGCGCUGGCCUUCCGCAGCCGCCUCGUGGGGCACGCUUACCGCCUCUAUUUCAACCAGCAGACUUACUACCGAGUCAGCAACAUGGACGGCCGCCUGCGCAACCCUGACCAGUCCCUCACUGAAGACGUGGUGGCCUUCGCAGCCUCGGUGGCCCACCUUUACUCCAACCUGACCAAGCCCCUGCUCGAUGUGGCGGUGACCUCGUACACCCUGCUGCGCACAGCUCGCUCUCGGGGAGCCAGCACGGCCUGGCCCUCGGCCAUUGCCGGCCUGGUGGUCUUCCUCACCGCCAAGGUGCUUCGGGCCUGCUCCCCCAAGUUUGGGGAGCUGGUGGCCGAGGAGGCCCGCCGCAAAGGGGAACUGCGCUACAUGCACUCGAGAGUGGUGGCCAACUCGGAGGAGAUCGCCUUCUACGGAGGCCACGAGGUGGAAAUGGCCCUGCUGCAGCACUCGUACCAAGACCUGGCCUCCCAGAUUAACCUCAUUCUUCUGGAAAGGCUCUGGUAUGUCAUGCUGGAACAGUUCCUCAUGAAGUACGUGUGGAGUGCCUCGGGUCUCGUCAUGGUUGCUGUACCUAUCAUCACUGCUGUUGGCUAUUCAGAGACAGACUCAGAGGCAGUAAAAAAAGCAGCCUUGGAGAUGAAGGAAGAAGACCUGGUGAGUGAGCGCACCGAAGCCUUCACAAUUGCCCGUAACCUGCUCACGGCUGCUGCGGACGCUAUCGAGCGAGUUAUGUCUUCCUAUAAAGAGGUGACAGAGCUGGCUGGCUACACUGCCCGAGUGUAUGAAAUGUUCCAGGUAUUUGAGGAUGUCCAACGAGGUAGUUUCAAGAGGCCUGGGGAACAAGAGGACUCUCCAGUGAAGGCCAGACCCGGAGCUCUUGUGAGGCAUGGGGUGCGUAUGGAGGGGCCCCUGAAAAUCAAAGGCAAGGUAGUGGAUGUGGAGCAAGGGAUCAUCUGUGAGAACAUCCCCAUCAUCACCCCAACAGGAGACGUGGUGGUGGCCAACCUCAACAUCAGGGUGGAAGAAGGCAUGCACCUGCUCAUCACUGGCCCCAACGGCUGUGGCAAAAGUUCCCUGUUCCGGAUUUUAGGCGGGCUUUGGCCGGCCUAUGCUGGCGUCCUCUACAAACCUCCACCACAACGCAUGUUUUACAUCCCCCAGAGGCCCUACAUGUCAGUGGGUUCUCUGAGGGACCAAGUGAUCUAUCCUGACACAAUAGAGGACAUGAAAAGGAAGGGCUACUCUGACCACUACCUGGAGGCCAUAUUGGACAUUGUGAACCUCAACCACAUCGUCCAGAGGGAAGGAGGUUGGGAGGCUUCCUGUGACUGGAAGGAUGUCCUCUCAGGUGGAGAGAAGCAAAGAAUCGGCAUGGCCCGAAUGUUCUACCACAGGCCCAAGUACGCACUUCUGGACGAAUGCACCAGCGCCGUGAGCAUUGAUGUGGAGGGCAAGAUUUUCCAGGCUGCUAAGGACGCGGGCAUCGCCCUGCUCUCCAUCACCCACCGGCCUUCCCUGUGGAAGUACCACACACACCUACUGCAGUUUGACGGCGAAGGGGGCUGGAAAUUUGAGAAGCUUGACACGGUCACCCGCUUAACCCUGAGAGAGGAAAAGCAGCGCUUGGAGCAGCAGCUGGCGGGCAUCCCCAAAAUGCAACAACGCCUCAGCGAACUUUGUGAAAUCCUGGGUGAAGAUGCAGAUCUCCACCGUGUUGACCCAUCUCAGACCUCCCACCCCAGUCCCUGAGGUCCUGGCCUCAGCCUGGGCCUUCUUCUGGCCCAGGAGACCAUCCUAUAGCCAAAUAUCCCUGGACACUUUGUCCUGUGUUCCUUAAUCCACAGCCCUCCCUAACCUUGUGUCGUGCCCCCCAAAUCUCCCCAGAUCUCAUGAAGGAAGCAGUGGGGUCUCCUUUUGUCAUUCCCCUCCCAAGGAGAUAGAUAGAAUCCUAUGUGGUUCUGCCCCCUCCCUGUCUAGGGACUUGUUUGCUGGGAGGGGGGUGAAGAGAUGGGGGAAAUACUUACCUUAGUAACUGCCAUCUGCCCAGCCACCACCUGGCUUGCCCCAGGUCUGUAUCAGCUGGAGGGAGGAAGGGUGAGGGGGGCCGGUUGGUAAUUAGUAACUGUGAAGUAGAUAGCAUGUAUGUAGCCAGAGUCCUUUCCUUUUCCCUGAGGGGGCUGGGAUAGGGUGAGUUGGUUGUUGCCCUACUCGUACCACCAAGCACCCUCCUCAGUUAUAUUCUUGGUGAAGGCAGAGGUGUUAGGUUCUGUGCCAUGACAGGUAUGGUGGGUGAGGAGCCUGGGACCACUACCACCACACUGCCAGCCAAAAGUCCACAUGGAAGGCUGCAUAUUGCUCACAAUUCUCUCUCUCUCACCGCUUCUCUUGUCCCUUCCUCCUCCUCCUUUCUUCUCUUCCCACCUCGCCGAGACAUCUUCUAGUCUGCCUGAUCUCCCGACACCUCUCAGCUUCUCCGCCAAACUGGAGCGGUCUCCCGGCCGGACGGGGGCGGCACUUCAUCCAUCUUCUCCGACACCGGGUGUUCCAAAGAGCCCUCGCCCACCCGCCUGCCCACAAGAGGGAGAGUUGCACAAUAUUUCCUACUCUUAAGAAUGUAGUUUUUUUCUCUGUCUCUCAGUAGUACUAUCUUGGUCUUUCUCUCUCUCUUUUUUAAGUAAUUUAUUUGAUCCAGUUUUAUAUUUGUAAUGAUUGCCAAUGUGAGUAUUCCACCAGAGAGAUGGGGAGGUAGGAACAGAGGUUAAGGGAAUCGUUCCCUUACCCGGGUUUGUUGGCACGAAGGGUUUGAUCCGCCCGCGCUUUUGCCUUGGUGCGUCAGCAUUGAAGGAUGGAGUGGAAUGGAGAAGGGGAGCAGGGGACGUUUCUCCCGUAGACCAGUCCCCCCAAUAUCUGUGGGCCUGCCCCGACUCCCUUUGACACCAGCUAACACUGCCAACUACCUACCAGCCAACUCCCCGCGCCACCUCGCUGAAGUGAGGGACCUAGGGAAGGGGGAAGUAUAUCCCUCUGCUUGCCAAAACCACUUUGCCCCUCCCCACCUCUGCGCCCCCAUGGAGGAAACAUGCUAUGAGGGGUCCCUUCAUUUCUUUCCCUGCCCCUUCCCCAAUGCCAAAGUGUACUCAGGAGGAGAGGGAGAUCAACUAUGCAAACCCACACACUCACUUGUGGAUGGAAACAACAGAAGCCGCGUGCCUUAGCCCUCCUCCUUGGGGCUGGGGGUGAGCUGGGCCCUCCUUGUCCUCUCCCACCCUCUCUCCCAGUCAUUAAAGAAAAUGUGUUGGAAAUCCAA